GGGCAAAGCUGAUCCCUGGACCAUUUCCAGCGUGGCUUCAGUCCUGGCACGACAACUAGUCCUCCCUCCCAGGUUUCUACUUCUCAUUCUCAAGCCGCUUUCUAUUUGAAUCAGGAGCACGGCUUGUUAAGGAGCGGCGCGCUGAUGCUUUCGUUGCUAUCGUAUUAUUCCAUAUAAUCUGUGCUUUUCUCCUCUCUCUCUCUCUCUCUCUCUCUGUGUGUGUCUCCCCGCUGCGUGUUGUAUUCCUAAGCAACGUGCUCGUGAUGCCGAGCGCCCUCUCUAGCUCUGACACACAGUCAGGCUGCAGCUCAGUUUAGUGCCAUCUCUCUCUCCGCCUCCCCCCCAACCCCCCAUCUUCGCCCUCUGCAGAGAAAGAGAGAGAGAGAGAAAAGUUUGGAAGCCCGUGUAGAUAUAUAUGUUUGCAAGCCGCCCCCACCUUCAGGAGAGCGGGGAUCAACUAGAUCGGUGGUUCGAGGCGAAAUCUGUUGUGUUUGAACCUGCGUUUGGCUGCUUCCGCUGUACCCGGACAUCCCCAGACUUGUACUGCCCUCCUGCUCCGGAUUCUUCAACCGGUUCCCUCCUCCUCAACUGCAGAGAUAACAACUCCCCCCCCCCCCUUCCCAGUCCAUUCCUCCUCUACAGACAGGGACAUCGAAGUUAUCCUGCCCCUCUGCGUGAUACACAGCCCCGGAUUGCGCUAGUGGCUUCGAUAUUUCUUUUCUCUCUGUCGGAUUACAACUGGAUUCGUUGUAUUUCACACCGGCACAUCCAAACCUCUCAAUGCUGCAACUGAGAUUGUAGAGAGAGAGAGAGAGAGAGAGAGCGAGAGAGGAGGGCAGAUCUUCUGGGCACAGUGGACUGGCAGAGGAGAAGGUGCUUCGGAAUCGGAGGGACGUGCGGGGCGCUGAUCACAGCCAAGAGAGGAAAGACGCCCCAUCCCUCUCUGCCUCUCCCUGCCAACUCUUCGCCUGACUUCCCGGAAUUAAAGGCAGCGCCCGCGGGUUGACCGGAGGAAAUCGCACCCCCCGGGGAAGGAAAUGGAAGUUUUCCCGGCCGUCUUCCUGGUGUGUGCCUUGUGCUGUUCCAGCAGCGAUGGGGUGGCCGCCGAUUCCAUCAUACACAUCGGGGCAAUUUUUGAUGAAACUGCCAAGAAGGAUGAUGAAGUGUUUCGACUGGCUGUAACCGACCUGAACACAAAUGAGGACAUUUUACAGACGGAGAAAAUUACAUUUUCUGUGACAUUUGUGGACAGCAACAAUCCUUUUCAGGUUGUCCAGGAAGCCUGUGAUCUGAUGAACCAAGGCAUUUUGGCCCUCGUCAGCUCCGUUGGUUGCAUGUCAGCUGGAUCUCUCCAAUCCUUGUCAGAUGCUAUGCACAUCCCACACCUCUAUAUACAACGAACAACAUCUGGAUCACCAAGGAGUGGCUGUGGUCUCACCAGAACAAGCAGGAAUGAAAACUACACUCUCUAUGUCCGUCCACCAGUGUAUCUCAAUGAAGUCAUUCUCCAAGUCAUCUCAGAAUUUGCCUGGCAAAAGUUCAUCAUUUUCUACGACAGUGAAUAUGAUAUCCGUGGGAUUCAGGACUUUUUGGACAAAGCUUCUCAGCAAGGAAUGGAUGUAGCUCUGCAGAAAGUGGAGAACAACAUCAACAGGAUGAUCAGUACGAUGUUCGCCACAAUGCGUUUGGAAGAGAUGAACCGGUACCGUGACACACUUCGACGAGCUAUUCUCUUCCUCAGCCCACAGACAGCGAAGGCCUUCGUUUCCCAGGUUGUUGACUCCAAUCUAGUGGCUUUUGACUGUCACUGGAUCUUCAUAAAUGAGGAGUUAAAUGAUGGCGAUGUCCAGGAGUUGGUGAGGCGGUCAGUUGGGAGAUUGACAAUCAUUCGGCAGACUUUUCCCUUGUCCUUAAACACCACUCACAGCUGUAUUCGUGGGAAGCACAGAAUCUCUCCAUCGCUGUGCGACCCCAAGGACCCUUACAAGAAUAACAUGGAGAUCACCAACCUCUACAUCUAUGACACCGUGGUACUUCUGGCAAAUGCAUUUCACAAGAAGUUGGAGGAUCGGAAAUGGCACAGUAUGGCCAGCUUGACAUGCAUCCGGAAGAACUCCAAGCCUUGGCAAGGUGGACACUCCAUGUUAGAGACUAUCAAGAAGGGUGAAGUGAUUGGGAUGACUGGUUUCCUGAAAUUUAAAGAACACGGUGGAAAUCCAAAUGUGCAGUUUGAAAUUCUGGGGACGAACUACGGAGAAGAUUUAGGAAGAGGGAUUCGGAAACUUGCCACGUGGAAUCCAGACUCUGGGCUGAAUGGAUCUCUAACGGACAAAAAACUGGAAAACAACAUGCGCGGAGUGAUGCUGCGGGUUGUAACUCUGCCGGAGGAACCUUUUGUCAUGGUGUCAGAAAACAUACUCGGAAGAACAAAGAAAUACUAUGGAUUCUCGAUUGAUGUCCUGGAUGCCUUGUCAAGUUAUCUGGGCUUCAAAUAUGAAAUCUAUGUGGCUCCUGAUCACAAAUUUGGGAGCCAACAGCCUGAUGGAAACUGGAACGGACUGAUUGGAGAACUUGCUUUCAAGAGAGCAGACGUGGGAAUCUCGGCUUUGACAAUCACACCAGAACGAGAGAGUGUUGUGGACUUCACCACCCGUUACAUGGACUAUUCAGUGGGAUUCCUGCUGAAGAAGGCGGAGAGGACUGUCGACAUGUUCGCUUGCCUGGCUCCAUUUGACUUCUCGCUGUGGGCUUGCAUCACUGGCACAGUGAUCCUGGUGGGGUUGCUGGUCUACCUCCUGAAUUGGCUGAACCCUCCCAGGUUGCAAAUGGGUUCCGUAACGUCCACCACCCUGUACAACUCCAUGUGGUUUGUCUAUGGCUCCUUUGUUCAGCAAGGUGGAGAGGUUCCUUACACUACGUUAGCUACUCGAAUGAUGAUGGGUGUUUGGUGGCUUUUUGCUCUGAUCGUCAUAUCCUCCUACACAGCAAACCUGGCAGCUUUCCUUACAAUCAACCGCAUUGAAAACUCCAUUCAGUCGCUGCAAGAUCUUUCCAAGCAAACAGACAUUCCGUACGGCACAGUGAUGGAGUCAGCGGUAUAUGAGCACGUUCGUGUGAAAGGAAUGAACCCCUUUGAGAGGGAUAACAUGUACGCCCAAAUGUGGAGGAUGAUCAACAGAGGUAACGGCACAGAAACCUCGGUGAAGGAUUCCCAGGAAGGCAUUCGAAGGGUGAAAGCUGGGAAUUACGCCUUUGUUUGGGAUGUGGCAGUAUUGGAAUAUAUUGCCCUAAAUAGCCCCGACUGCUCUCUGUUCACUGUUGGUAAUACCCUGCCAGAUCGAGGAUAUGGUAUUGCUCUACAACACGGCAGCCCAUACAGGGACAUUUUCUCGCAAAGGAUCCUGGAACUUCUGCAACACGGAGACCUUGACAUUCUGAAGCACAAGUGGUGGCCAAAGACAGCACAGUGUGACAUCUACUCUUCAUCCCGAGCGCAACAGAAAGGCAGUGCUUUCGAUCUGGCCAGCUUCGCUGGGGUAUUCUGCAUCCUGGCUGCCGGCAUCAUCUUAGCCUGCCUUAUAGCCAUCGUGGAAAACUGGUGGAACAGACGGAAAGGAUCUCGUGUCCCCUCCAAAGAGGAGGAUAAGGAGAUUGACCUGGAGCAUCUGCACAGGCGAGUGAACAGCCUCUGUACGGACGAUGACAGCCCCCACAAGCAGUUUUCCACCUCGUCCAUAGACCUGACUCCCCUGGAGGUGGACAACAUCCCUACGCGGCAAGGUCUUGAGCAGAUCAGUGACUUCAGGAACACUCACAUCACCACGACCACCUUCAUACCGGAGCAAAUCCAGACUAUAAGCCGCAGCCUGUCUGCCAAAGCCGCCUCAGGCUUUUCAUUCGGGCCUAUGCCUGACCAUCGAACUGGGCCCUUCCGGAGCAGGGCACCAAACGGAGGCUUCUUCCGAAGUCCUAUCAAAACCAUGUCCUCUAUCCCAUAUCAGCCAACCCCCUCAGCUGCAUACAGCCUCAACAAUGAUCCUGACCGGGGCACCUCCAUAUGAAUGGCUCACCUUAAGGUUUUUUGUUUCCAGUCGGGACUCAGUUUGUGAGACGAUAGAUUUCAUGGUAGUUCUAACCUGGGCGUAACUUUCUUUGUGUUUUUUUUAAAAAGAAAAGGGGGAAGGGUGGGGGCCAGGACCUUAGUUUCAGCUUUUAUUUUUUCCAAAUAUAAUCGCAACAACUCCAGCCUGUUUGCUGCAACCUGUGUUUAUUUCUGCUGCAUUGGACUUCAGGGCUUUUGCUGCUGACCGUUUCACCUAUUACUUUAUGUUGGACCAAAGGCACAGUCCUGCUAGUAAAAGUAAAGAACAUUCAGGCCACAAGUUCAGGAAUGCUAUAUUUUAUAAGGCCACGUAUAUAUGAAGCCAUCCGUGUGAUUGUAGAAAUAUUUCUGGCAUCAUGUUGCAAAACAAAAACUUAAAUACUCUUUGGCCCCUGCAUUUUUUUUGCCAACAAAGGUUGCAAACUUUGGAAGGUUGCAUCCUCUGCAAAUGUUUUCUGAUGUACAGUCGACAUUAAAUCUACAGUGGUUCCUACAAGGCCAGUCCUGGCACAUCCUGGCAAUGAUUGAUUCCAAGGUGUUAGUCAGCUCAAUACUGCGGGAUAUGAAUGCCUGGAGUUCACUUUUACUGGAUGAAUCUGUGUCCUUGCUGCUGGAAGAAAUUGGAUCUCUUGAGUUUAUGGCCAUUUUUACGAUGUUCGUAGACAGUCAGUAACAAACAUUAAACCUUCAGACUGCUUGUGCAUCUUUUGAGGAAACGACCAAAACGUAGAGUUAUGUUUCAGCAUCUUAAUUGCAGAUCCCAUUUAAAUAUUGUAUGAAGUUGGAUUUAAAUUUCUAAAAUGUCGUGAUAAUUAUGGUGUUGAGGAUGACAGCUAAUAGAACACCUAAAAAUUUAGCAAAAAUAAAAUCCAGCUGAAAUUUUAACUGAUUUGAUUCCAUUAAAUAUAUGGUCAUUGGAAAUUGAACUUGUGGUAAUCAUGCAAUGGUAACACCACAGGAAGGGCCAGCUCUUUAAAAGCUCUAUCCAGUUGAUUCCAUUGCCCUGCUGUGUUGCCUUCCAAUGUGGCAAUGUGUGACUCCUUCAGGCAUUGAUCCAAUUAUCCUUUCAAUACUCCUAUUGGAUAUGGCUUUGACAUGACUGACAGUGAAUAAAUCAGACUGGAGAAAUGUGUUGUCUAUUGUCAACUGAUCCAACAGAACCACAGUCCCUGAAAUAAUUGAAGACUUUUGUGUCACAUGGAAUGAUGUAUAGCUUUGCCAGAUCUUUAAAAUCAACUAUUUUCGAUAAAAGGUAAUGUAUUUCUCACACAAAACUCUUUAACAAAACAAUGAGGCCAUAGUGUAGCUAGAUUUUCACUGCACACAUAGGAGAACAUCAUGCAUCACUCUCUAAAUGCUAGUGAAACGGUGUAGAUUAAAAGAUUUGCACAACUUUGUAGGGAGAUUGGUCAAUUUAGCUGCUUCAUGCUGACAUUGGAAGCUAGAGCAAUGACCCUCAGAAGCUAUUCUCCAUCUCUCUCUCUCUCUCUCUCUCUCCCCCUCUCUCUCUUUCCCUGUCUUUCUAAGUUGCAGCUUUAAACAGUUGGGUAGUUAGUCAAGCGGUAGUCAAAUUAUAACUUCAAUAUAUUUUGCAACAAAACGUGCACCUUCAUGGGAGACGAUGAACGUGCAGUAGCAAAUGUCUGGAGAUGUUGGCUCUACCUUUCACAGCCUUUCACUAUACUGUUAGCUCUGUCAAGAAACUAAAGGACUGGUGAGAAAGAUUUCCUAAUCUUCAUUCAAAGAAUAUUUUUGGUAAAACAAAAAAAAAUUGAAAUUGUGGUGGGUAGAAAACAGCUACUUUUUUCUGUGUUUGGUAUCAACAUUAGGUGUGGUUUAACUCGGACUCAUUAAUGAACUGAGAGCAACAUAUAUAUGGCUCAUGGCUGUUUCCUCUGAAUCCUCUUGUACAACACAAAUGGACUCACAUAUAGAAGUUAUAUAUUUUGAAGCUAAUUCUUCUCUUUUACCUGUUCUGAAGUAGCGUCUGAUUAUAGUUAGGUUUCUAGUUUGUACAAAUACAAUGUCUACAGUGUCAGACAACACUCCAUUUUUACAACAGGAGACAGUUUAUAGAGACUGCGGGCAAGUUUGUGGAAGCAUGCCCGGCUUGUCUAAACCUUGUAACACUCAAGUUUCAUAUCAAAAGUCUCAUAAUUGAUUUUCAUUUGGAUGCAAUACUAUAAAAACAAGCUGAAUUACAAUAAUUUACUGGGUUAGAAUAUAGUUAACCAUAAACAAUAUUUAUAGGCUUAUUUUGAUGUAAGUGUCGCAUAUAAAGAACACUUUUUCGGGGUGGGAGG